UUUUAAAAUAUAAAUCUUAAAUUAAAACGAAGAUAAAUUCAAUACCAAAUACUAAAAAUGGCAAAUAGAGCUAAGGUCUCAGAGACCAAUAACAAAGACAAAGUUGAGAGUACAUGGGUUAGGGCUUUUAGACCGAGUGCAGAGUGGCCGGACAAGGAGGAGUUUCUAGAUGUGGUUUACUGGAUCAGGCAGUUACUAGGCAUAGUCUUAGGUUUAGUUUGGGGUCUCAUUCCCUUGAAGGGCUUCUUCGGUUUAUUUAUGUUUGUAAGUGCAAACGCCGCUUCGCUGUAUGUUUAUGUGAGUAAUUACCAAAGAGUCGAUGAGGAGGAAUAUGGUGGGAUGUGGGAAAUAACUAAGGAAGGUUUCGUGACGUCGUUUGCUGGAUUUCUGGUUACAUGGAUAAUAGUUUAUACAGGGUUACAUGGACAAGCUAGUUUAUGAGAAGAAUAGUGGGUUAUAAUAGGAUAAAAUUAUGUUCAAACAGGUUCAGUUAGAAUGAGAACAUAAGUGUACAAUAGUAUGUUUUUGCCCAUAUAUAAAAGAAGCAUGUUCAACCAAUCAAGUAUAUGAACUAAUUUGAACAAAUCUUAUAAAUAAUAUAUUGUACUUGUGUAAAAUUUAUAGCAAUGUAAUUUAAAUUUAAAUAAUAUUGUGUAUGUGGUGAAUCAUAGUAGUGUGAUUUUAUUUCGCAAGUAUGUAAAAGUGUUAGUCCAUUUAAAAAGUAUUUUACAAAUAUUAUUGUUAAACUUGCAUUUGUAAAGGCUGUUGUAGUGACUUA